AGUGAAAUCGUUUCUGAGCCAUUAAGGAUACAGAGCAGUACUCUUCCAGUGCAAGUCUGUGGCUUAUCGGAAGCUGAUUUGUCAUCAUUGUCAUUACUUGAUGAAGCUAGUCCAACUGCAGGUUUUAAUCGGACCAGUAAUGCCACUGUUCCUUCCCUCGCUGUCGUGACAGAAGCAUCUGUAAUAAAUCAUCAUAAAACAAAGGCUAAGAAGAGGUGGAAAAUGGCAAAGAGAGAAAGCCAAUUAAAAAAAUUAACUCGCCAGCAAAUGAAUGUUUCAGGCAAAAACUUCCAGAAACUUUUAGAGGCAGAUAACAGUGCUACUGCUGAACAAAAGGAGGCCAAAUUGGACCAGCUUAAAGUUAGGAUAAAACUGAGGAGGAGCGGAGCUUGCUGGGAGAGCAACCUUCUCGUUUCUGUCCAAGGUGAGAGCGAGAAGAACCCAGAAGAAAUGAAAGAGUGUGGACUUCAAACUCAGAGCUGCCCACCUAGCGUACUUCCUGGUCAAAGUCUUGGAACUCUCACCCCACCGACGGACCUGCCUAUUUCACCCUCCAAUUCUUCCACGCAUGCCUCUUCAGAUAAAUGUCUUCGUACUCCACACCACGUUUCUGUCUCCUCCCCUUUGGAAAUACCAACUUUAUCUUCAAGCCCUCCCCAAGCAGAUGAAUCUGAUGAACAUAUUGCAAAGAUGUUGGAUGAUAUGUUGAUGGAUUUAAACAUCCUGCCAUUGAUUCCAAUAGACAGAAAUCUGGAUGAGCAAGAGCAGCUAGGUCCUCUUCAGGAUCCAAAAGGUCAGCAGAGGGCUGCUGAGGCCUCUGCUCAAGGUGCUUGUGUUUAUAUACAAAGCUGUGAGACAGAGAUGAGGGGAUCUGAUGUUAGCAAGACAGCAGUACCAGAUGGGUCACCAGGACAAAGAGAUGAAGACCACUCAGGCUUUCAGAAUCAGUCAAGAUCCAAUACAUUCGUGACUCAGUCACCUGGACAGGACGACUUGAACAAAGAUAAGAAUCUGGCAGCUGGGGCAAGAAACUCCACCCCCUCACUGGUAGAAGACUUGUUUUUAACCCUAAAAGCCACAGCUGUCCCAGCUAACCCUUCUCCGGCCGCAGGUGAAAUGCCAAGCCUUGGUAUGACCAGCAUACUGGACGACAGGCCAGAAUUCAAACUACUACGAUGCCUUUCCCCCCUUGAAUCAGAUAAGGGAGACUGUGAUGUUCCUACACAAGAACCACCACACAGACAGGACCUAGAACUGCAAAACCUUCCCUUGUGGCUUUCUGAGUCACCACUGGAAUUGGACUUCCCUCUAAGCUCGAUGAUUGAUUCCUCCUACCCACGUCCACAGCCUGACCUCAUCGCCUGCCAAAAUCGAUCGUGCCCUGACCUUGCAGAAAAGCAAGAAUUGAAGACUUCCUUUAUACAAGCUGAUUUAACGAGUGGGAGUAGUUCAAACACCAUUCAGCAUGAUGUGAAAGAUGCUAGUGAGCACCCAAAGCAGAGAAGGACGAGAAGACGGAGACUCGCAACUCAAAAGUCAGAAGUGAAUGGGGAUACAAAGUGUCCAAACCUAGAAAAUCAGGAUCAGGUUCAACCGAGGAUAUCAAAGUGUGAUGAUCCCCACUGUGAAGAUGUUAAGCCAUCAACUUCUAACGCACGUAGAGUCAGUACCCGCAUAAGCAAUGCAAACAGAAAAGCAACUGCAGGUGUGAAGAGAAAAAAAGAAAUUUCUUCACCUAUCAGAAAGAAAAUGCCUCCAUUGAACACUGACAGUGAAAAACAUGAAGAUGUUUUACCUAAACCAAAAUACACUGGUAUUGUGAAACGUGGUCGUGGUAGACCCCCUAGGUCUAAAAACACCGCUGUAGCUCACAUGUGCAACAGUGCAGAGAAAUUGCCCACUUCAGGACAAGGUGAUUGUGAAGUGGAAAAAACUAAGAAAGACAGUGAGGUUGAGCAGGGUAAUAAGCAAAAACCAAAUACACAGCAGGAGAAAGACUCAACAGAAAUGGAAGAAGCAGAUGUUAACAGCAAUUUUGCACAGACAACGCUGAAUUCUCACUUAAAAUAUGCUGGUCAGGCAAAAGGACCAAGUAUCAUUGAUCAAAUUUUCCAUCAGACUCUUCCGAGUGUUGAAAGCCUCGCUUGUAGGAGUUCUCUGAAUAUUGAUCAGCCGCUAACAUCAAGCCUGCGAGACACCUCUUUUAGCCUUCAAAAAUUCCAAGGAGGGAAAAGUGAAGACGAGAGUAGUAAAUUAAUGAUGAAUAGCAGUGAAGUGCUCAAUAAGGGCAUUUGUGGUAAGAAAAAAGCAGAGACGUCUCUGCUGAUAAACGAGAAUAAAGACAUGAAGGUAUCUGACAAGCAAGUAGGGUCACCGUUGUCAUGUGGAGACAUGCUAGAUAACGUGACAUGUUCAGUUAAAGACGGAGAAACUGCCACUGGGGAGAACUCAAGUAGACAAGCCAGUGUGUUACAGAAUAGUGAUUCCCAAAACGAGAUGGGAAAAGACAUUCAGGACCAAAUGACUGUGAUUUCGGUGCCGUUAACAGCUGAGGAGGACAUAAUGAAGGAAAUGAUGACGCCGGCUGAUGAUGCUGAUCGUGCCAAGUCGCGCACAGAGAAAGAUUGUGAUGUUUCUACCAAUGAACUGACAGUGAUGGAGGGAAUAGAAAUGAAUUUCAGUACGAAUCCUGGUAGUACACCAGCAGAACAUCGCAGAGAUGAACAAAACCUGGAAGAUACCGUUUCUAAUGAGUGUUCAUUUGAGGUGACAUCAGACAUCAUGGACAAAGGCGUUCAGGAAGCACAGGGUGUUGUUAAUACCCAGGAUGUUAGCUGUGUGGCUGAUUGUUUGGAGAAAGAGGAGGAUUUAGGUAGGAACCAAGAGGUUCAGAUGAUUGAAGAAACUAUGGAGGGAGAAGAAACUGAAGUUCUGGGGGCAAAUGAGCUUGUGGAGGAACAUGCUCUGCCUUCUUCAGAUGAUAGGUGUUGGGAAACCACCAAUGGCUGGGAUGAUAAUGAUGAAAUGAAUGAGGAGGGGGACCAGUACAGUGCUGGGAAGAUUGAUGAACAGACCCUACUGGAGGAAGAUGAAUUGAGUAAAGGACACAUUGCAAGUGCUUGGACUGCAGAUGAUGCAUCAAACAGAGCUCUGACACUGAGAAAAACAGAAGAAAUAAUAAUCAGAGAUGCUCCUUGUGUCCAGACUGAAGUAUGGCUUCAGUCAAACUAUCAAAGCCCCAGAGUGUGCAGUGAGAAUAUCUCAGCGGUGACGUCCAAUUCAGAAUCAGCAGAUGAAGAAGAUAUUGAAGUAGAUGUUGUCGAUGAGUCUGUAGAAGAUCCGUUAGGGCUUUUGGCGGCUAGACAGUUUGUCACACUGGCUAUUGAGUGUCUAAUGGAGCAAGAGGAUGAGUUGGAUGCCACUGAAGAAGAGGAGGUAGAUGUCACUGGAGAAGAGACGGAGUGA